CUCAAUGUAACAGACAUGGCCGUGUUAGUUACACUGUUACUUUGUUGGUUUGUAACAGUCUACCUGGAACUGGCGAGAGCCUCUAGCUCUUAUUCCCAUAGAAAGGUUUCCUUUGAAUAUAACCCUGGGAGAAGUACCCAGAGGGCUGAUCCCUCUCUGAAUGUCCUGCACGUGCGGGCAGUUGGUCCUAAUGACACCAUCCACUACCUGUGGAGCACCCUGGGGGCGCCCACGGUCCUCCUGGUAUACACCAGCAGCUCCAACAGCUCCCUGCACAUCAACUGGACCAGCCUGGAACAGCGGGAUCCCUCGCGCGCUGUGCGGAUCGAGCCGGCUGAGGCGGUCGUCCACUCCUCUGCUGUCGUCUUCUCCCGGGUGUUAGAGUACGAUGACGUCGACAAUGUGGCCAACAUCUCCCAGGUGCCGGCGGGCAGCUUCUACCCAGCGUACCAGCUUGAGGAGCUCACCUGGGACAACGUCAAUGCCACCCUGAACCGCAGCCAGCUGACGGCGCAGCUCCGCGGCCGCAACGCCACCAGCCAGCUAUUCAGCAACGGGAGCUUCACCUUCCGGAUCUCUGCCUUUGAAGGCUCGAGCCGUGACCUGGUGCUGCCCUGCCUCUUGCACACGGCCAACAGCUCGAAGCUGGAGUUCCUCAUCGACGGUGUCGCUCCACGUGGGAACCGCUCCCGCUUCACCCUGGAACUGUUCGUCCUGGAGGAUGCAGGGGUGAGGCGAGAGCUGAGGACGGUUCGGAGUAUCGAUGACGAAUACACCCCAAGCAUCUUCCAGAUGGAUCAGCUGGUAGCGGUGACAGAGAACCGGAGUACUAUAGCUAGCUUCCUCCAGUGGAAACCGGUCGCUUACGUCUCCCGGGAGCCCUCGCGAGCGAGCUCGGUGCGCGCUCGCCAGGAUGGCCUGAAGCCAGGCCGCAACCACAGCCUGCCGUCCUUCAGCAUUGCCUAUGCUUUCUUUGGUGCCCAAGUGCCCGCAGUUUCUGCGGUGAACAUUUCCUUCGGUGGCCCUGGCGGGGAGUUCUACGAUGUCAGGAGGCACAUCAGCUGGUCGGCCCUGAUUGGACAUGGAGAGCCCCCCCAAGAGCGAUCCUUAGUCCUGGUGAUGGUGAUUAUGGCUGUGGGAUUGGCACUGCCCCUCCUCUUGUUGGGGUUGGGUGCAGUGACGGUCUGCAUUGUGCACCAGAGACGGUCCCGAUCCCUUUACCAGCCUGUGAACUAAACUCUUGAGAACCUGAUGGACCGCACCUCCCACUUCUGCAUUGACCAGUCUCCCACCUCCUCCAGUGCAUCCCUGGCCCAGGAGGCAUAUUGUUCCACCUUUUUAAGCAGUGGGAUUCAGACCUGCAGAUGUGUUUUAAACUUCAUGUUUACAAUGUUUGAACUGUUACUGCUUUGCUCUAGCCACUUUUGCGGUGAGGAACAGUGUAGAGGAAGCUUCACUCUGUACCUAAUUCCGUGCUGUCCCUGUCCUGGGAGUGUUUGAUCGGGAGAUACACUGUAUGGAGGUAGCUCACCUCUGUACCUAACCCUGUGCAGUCCCUAUCCUGGAAGCAUUUGAUUGGGAGGGAUAGUGUAGAGGAAGCUUUACUCUGCACCUAAUCCUGUCCUGGGACUGUUUGAUUGUGGGGGGUUUGGGUGGGAUUGUCAGUGUGGAAGGAGUUUUAUGCUAACCAUGGGCUGUCCCUGUCCUGAGGGUGUUUGGGGGUGGGUGUGAACAGUGUAGAGGGAGCUUUACCCUGUAUCUAACCCCGUGCUGUCCCUGCCCUAGGGGUGGGGCUGGAGAGCAGCAGUGACGGCAACGUGCGCUGAGAUUAAAUACAGUAAAUUACUGCAA